UUUUUAUCUAAUAAUUCAUUGACUAUCAUCUCAUUGACAAUAAUUAUAUUGAUUAUUAUGACACGCGUUACGUGCGAUAGUGAGGGUAGUAGUGAUAGUAGUAGUAGUGAAAGUAGUAGUGAUAGUAGUAGUGAUAGUAGUAGUGAUAGUAGUAGUGAUAGUAGUAGUGAUAGUAGUAGUGAUAGUAGUAGUGAAAGUAGUAGUGAAAGUAGUAGUGAAACUAAUAGUGAAAGUAGUAGUGAAACUAAUAGUGAAAAUAGUAGUGAAACUAAUAGUGAAAAUAGUAGUGAAACUAAUAGUGAAAGUAGUAGUGAAACUAAUAGUGAAAGUAGUAGUGAAACUAAUAGUGAAAAUAGUAGUGAAAAUAGUAGUAAAACUAGUAGUGAUAGUAGUAGUGAUAGUAGUAUUGAAAAUAGUAGUAAAAGUAGUAGUGAUAGUGAAAGUACUACUACUACUACUACUACUACUACUACUAAUAAUAAUAAUAAUAACGAUAAUAAAGACACUAAAGAUGACAACAAACAGGUGGACGACGACAGCAAAUAUCCAAUGGAUUUACUAUUCGGUGAAGACCUAUAUCCAGAGCAACACCCCAUCACCUACUAUGACAAGUAUGACCUGUCGUCGGCUGUCCGCGAAUCGGCCGAAGUGGUCACACCUCCCGGCGGUGACUAUGACUUUAAUGCAAUAAUUAAGAAAAUCAUUUUUGAUCCCAACUUUCUUUAA